GCUGAAAGUCCCUCUCUACAUGCCAACACAAAAGCCUGAUUGCUUCAGAUUGUUUGUUUAUGUAAAUCAAAAGGGUGCCUUUAACUCUGCAAGGGGGCUGGCAAGCAACAAAGAAGGUGGUGAUUGGCUGGACUCUUGCUCAUGGCUCCUGACAAAUAUGACAAAUCCUCCUGCUUUUUUGCUCUAAGCUCUGUCUGGAUACCUUUAGGAAAAGAAUCUUGUUAUUACGUACCCAAGUGAAUAAUUUGUGCUCUUAGAGUAGCUGUUGGAACCAGAGGACUUGAAGGCAAGAGCAGGUAUAUUAUCAGGGAUCUACUCACUCAGUUUCCCUAAAGCUCUCUCUCUAGAUCGGAUUCAACUGCACAUCAUGACAGAUGUUCCAGCUACAUUUACCCAGGCUGAGUGUAAUGGGGAUAAAGCACCUGAAAAUGGUCAACAAUCAAUCACUAAAACCUGUGAAAAAUUGACUGAUGUGGACAGCCCCCUGCCACACUACAGGGUAGAACCCAGUCUCGAAGUUGCACCCACUGAAGGAAAUCAGGAGGAAAGAGGAAAAUUACAAGGGAACAUACUGCUCAACUCAUCCAUGGAGGAGAAAAUUCUGAAAGAAAAUCCAGAAAAGAAACUCUUUAUUGUUCAUAAGGCUAUCACAGAUCUUUCUCUCCAAGAAGCAAGUGCCGAUGAAAUGACAUUCAGAGAAGGGUAUCAGUGGGAGAGGAUUCCUCUGAGUGGCAGUAACCAGGAAAUAAGAAGACAGAAGGAAAGGAUUGCUGAACAACCUCUCAAAAAGGAACAAGAUGAGGACAGGAAGAACAAAGCUCAUCAAGCAGCUGAAAUUGAAUGGCUGGGAUUUCGAAAACCUAGCCAAGCUGACAUGUUACAUUCUAAACAUGAUGAGGAGCAGAAGGCUUGGGAUGAAGAAAUUAAUAAUGAUGAUGAUAAUGAUAAUUAUGAUGAUGAUGAAGAUGAAGUUCGAGUGAUAGAAUAUAAGAAAAAACAUGAAGAAAUUUCUCAAUUUAAAGAGGAAGGUGAUGCAAGUGAGGACUCCCCACUGAGCAGUGCCAGUUCCCAAGCUGUGACCCCUGAUGAGCAGCCAAACUUAGGAAAGAAGAGUGAUAUCUCCAGAAAUGCUUAUUCCAGAUACAAUACAAUAUCCUAUCGGAAAAUCAGAAAGGGAAAUACCAAGCAAAGAAUUGAUGAAUUCGAGUCUAUGAUGCAUUUAUAAACUAACUGGAACUGAGAAAAUCUCACGCACACUAAAGGAAAAGCUAAUUCUAUUGUCCCAGUGUGCAUAUUUCUAUGCCUUAUUUGAGUUAUCACCUGAAAAGAGGUGGAAGUUGACUUUCUUUUUCACUGUAGAAUAAUGUGGAAAUAACCCUAGAUAAAAUUCAGUCUGAUAGCCUCAAAUCAAAAAGCUUUAGAUUCAUUCUUGGGCAUUUGUCUUUUAAAACGUCACUAAUAUAGCACUAUGUGAUAAGCACUAAGCAGUCAGUCCCCUGGGGGAAUAUGGCAUAAUUUGGCUAUAAAUGUAGCAAUGCUUGGAAAGGUAGUCAUCAAAUGAGACUAUUUGAGGGGACUAUUUGAAAUGAUUCUUAUAUUUCUUUCCGUAUCUUUUUUCUUAUACAUCGGAGUGAUGGAAAGUCUGAUAUUAAAAGCUCUCGUACAUUUAAACAUGGUUUUACGGACUCUGGCAAAUAAACCUUCCAAAAUUC